AUGGUGGGACCUAUAACUUUUAUUGCUUCACAGAAAGACCGUAACUUCGGUUUGCAGAACUCUAUGUCGAGCAAACCUCAUAUCAGUGACAUCUAUGAUGAUAAUUUACCGAUGACGAACGUGGCUAUUCGUUUUAAUUAUUCCCCUCAUCGGAAUUUCAACGCCAAGCCGAUCUUAAUACCUUCCAUGUGCGAUAAAGCCUCCCAUAUCCCGUCUAGUCUUACCAAUUUAAAUUUGUUUUACUCGCAAAACGAGGUUUGCCCGAUGCCGAAGACUUCCUCUACGCCUCCUGAGCACCCCCAACACAUUACUGCUCUCGGGAAUGAAUGCAAAAUUUGGAAUUGGUUGGACUCCAUUGAUCAACAUCCGUAUGUUCCCCCGGAAUGCAGCACUGCGGUUGGGUUUUUUUCUGUUCUUCAAAACUAUUGGCAUUACCGUGGAGACACAGAGAAGGGGGAUGGGGUUCUCGGUUCGGAAUGUGAUCUCGGCUGUUUGAGCUCGCUGUCGGAGGCAACCUUUGAGCAGCCGUCUUCACUGCCUUGCUCGAUGAACUGUACACCCAUUUCUUCCCCUGCCUACUCGUCGGACUCUUCGAGAUCGUCUAAGAAAUCCUCGUCGCUCUCUCCUAUCCAAUAUAAUGGAGUUACUGACUCUAUGAAGGAGGAAGCAACGGUAGAUCGGUUGUUACCAAAUUCUAGAUCCCUCAAGGAUUCCAAUCCAAACGGCUUCUGGGACCUUAUCCACAGGGAGGAGUCGGAAACGACGUCUGAAAUGGCAGAAAUCUGGACGGAGGCCCCGGUCUUCGCGUCGUGUUUUUUCCCUCAAGACGAGGAGAAUCAUUUUUUCGGCCUCACGCCAUGGUCUUGGGAGAGUGCCACUUCUACUAAUUUCUUUGGAGAACGCGACUGCCCUUCCUACCUGGACGACUCCUAUGACAAGACAGACAAAGAACCCACGGAGGAAAGUUCAGUGAUUAGAAACACUUGUUGA